AUGAGUAACGCUGAGACCGAUCGUCCCACGGUCGCAGGCCCGGUCAUCGUCGCUGAAGAAGGGCAUUGGGAUGACAGUUCUUCAGACCAUGGAUCUAGCUUUGCCUCGUCGACCACCAGCCUGAACAGCUCCAUCUUCCAACAUCGACUUGAAAAUGGCAGAACUUACCACAAGUACAAAGAUGGCAAAUACCAUUGGCCAAACGACGAGAAAGAAUCCGACAGACUGGAUCUGCAGCAUAAUUUGUUUCUUCUAACUUUCCACUACAAGCUGGGUCUCGCUCCGCCCAGCGCCCCAGAUUCUGGGGUCAAGCGCGUUCUCGAUCUUGGUACUGGCACCGGUCUUUGGGCGAUCGAAUUUGCAGAUGAGCACCCUGAAGCCGAGGUUUACGGCGUUGAUCUCUCGCCUGUUCAGACCUCAGCAAUUCCUCCCAACACCAAGUUCGAGGUCGACGAUAUUGAGGAGCCAUGGACGUACCAUGUGCCUUUCGACUAUAUCCACAGCAGAAUGAUGACAUCCAGUAUUUCCGAUUGGGUCAAGCUUUUCAAACAAGCCUUUAAGCACCUCGAGCCUGGCGGAUAUCUGGAAAUUCAAGAAGGCGAUCUUCACCCUCAUUGUGAUGACGGCACCCUCAAGCCAGACCAUGCAAUUGAGAAGUGGUUGAAGCUUCUCGGUGAGGCCAUGGAGAUUUUUGGAAGACCUUUUGUGGACAUCCCUGGUCUCGUAGCAGUCAUGGAAGAAGUCGGAUUCGUUGAUGUGACCAUUGAGACAUACAAGUGGCCUGUCAACGAAUGGCCCAAGGACCCUCACUACAAGGAGAUCGGGGCAUGGACGCAUGCCAACUUCAUGGAAGGUCUCGAGGGCUGGACAUUGGCGCCCUACACCCGGGCGCUGAACUGGACGAAGGAGGAGGUCUUCGUCUUCCUGGCGGAGGUGCGGUCCGAACUGAAGAACCGGAACAUUCAUGCCUACUGGCCAAUGAAACCUGGAGAGAAGAAGAAGGCGACCACGACGACGGAGGAGCCAGCGACGCAAGAGUGA